AAGCACUGAAGUGGCUGAAAUGUCUGGUUUGUAAAAACAAUGCACGAGGAUUGCCUAUUUCCCGGAUAGAAUUAAAUCGGGGCCCAACGACCGCGGGCAAUAAUACUGGUGCGAGAAAAUAUUCGUCAACACCGGCGGCCACGAUUUGGCCACCUGGGUUUUUUGGAGGUAAGCCACGUAAGCGGGUCAGGGGCUUGCUAAUUUGGGACGUAAUUGGCGGUGCAAUGGAAUUUAAGAGAAUGCCCCGCGCCAGAACACCUUGUCAUCUCCUGCAUUCGUCGGCGGUGUUGGAUAAUUGGAUCGAUUGGAUCGAUCGCUUUUUCCCGCGAGGCUGAGUUCUAGAGCUCCGGCGGGAGCAGGAGGGAGAGGAAGAUAAGCAUGGAGUUUGGGAGAGCAACCAGAGUGGUCGACGAGGAGGCCGAAUUCGAGGCGGAGGCGGCCGCGGUGGAGGCAUGGUGGCGAUCCGAUCGCUUCCGCCUCACGCGACGCCCCUACACCGCCCGCGACGUUGCCCGCCUCCGCGGGACUCUCCCAAUCCACUACCCCUCCAACGAGAUGGCCAAGAAGCUAUGGUUCAUCCUCAAGAACCACCAGGCCAACAAGUCGUGCUCCCGGACCUUUGGAGCUCUCGAUCCAGUCCAAGUCGCCCAGAUGGCCAAGUACCUCGACACCAUCUACGUCUCGGGCUGGCAGUGCGCCUCCACCGCCUCCACUUCCAACGAGCCCGGCCCCGAUCUCGCCGACUAUCCCAUGGACACCGUCCCAAACAAAGUGGAGCAUCUCUUCAUGGCGCAGCUCUUCCACGAUCGCAAGCAGCGGGAGGCUCGGCUGAGCGUCGGCAAGGAGAUCCGAUCCAGGACCCCCUACGUCGAUUAUCUCGCGCCUCUCAUCGCCGACGCUGACACUGGAUUCGGCGGCACCACCGCCACUGUCAAGCUCGUCAAGAUGUUCGUGGAGCGCGGAGCCGCCGGGAUCCAUAUGGAAGACCAAGCCUCGGUGACGAAGAAGUGUGGUCAUAUGGGUGGCAAAGUUCUCGUCGCCACCUCCGAGCAUAUCAAUCGUCUCGUCGCUGCGAGGCUUCAGCUGGACGUGAUGGGAGUGGAGCAAAUCCUGGUGGCGAGGUCCGACUCGGUGGCUGCGACGCUGCUCCAGAGCAACAUCGAUCCCCGAGACCAUUACUUCAUCCUUGGUGCGAGCAAUCCGGCUGUCAAAGGCAAGCCGCUCGUCACGGUCAUGGCCGAGGCCCAGGCGAUGAACAAGUCCGGGAACGAGCUCCAGGCGAUCGAGGACAACUGGUUGGCGCAGGCGGACCUCCGGCUCUUCUCGGACGUGGUCGCGGACGCCAUCCGGAAGAUGGACAUCGCCGAGAACGUCAAGGUGGCGAGGCUGAAUCGCUGGUUUGACAGCGUCGAGGGGCUCUCCCAUGCUGAUGCUCGAGCUCUGGCUGCCACUCUCGGUGUCACCGACGUCUUCUGGUGCUCGGAUCUUCCCAGAACUCGGGAAGGAUUCUACCGCUUCCAGGGGAGCACCAAAGCUUGCAUCGCUAGAGGCUGCGCCUUUGCUCCCUACGCCGAUCUUCUCUGGAUGGAGACUGCUACUCCGGACGUCGUCCAGGCUCAAGACUUUGCUGAAGGUGUCAAGGCCAAGCACCCGGAGAUCAUGCUCGCGUAUAACUUGUCACCGUCUUUCAACUGGGACGCUGCCGGGAUGAACGACGCUCAAAUGCAAGAGUUCAUCCCCCACCUGGCGAGGAUGGGAUACUGCUGGCAGUUCAUCACUUUGGCUGGUUUCCACGCGAAUUCUCUCGCUGCUGAUACGUUUGCUCGCGACUUCAAGCAGCGUGGCAUGCUGGCUUACGUCGAGGAUAUCCAGCGCCAGGAGCGUAUGAACAACGUCGAAACUCUGGCUCAUCAGACCUGGUCCGGGGCGAAUUACUACGACCAGCUGCUCAAGACGGUUACUGGCGGUGUCUCGUCCACUGCGGCGAUGCAGAAAGGUGUGACCGAGGACCAAUUCAAGGAUACUUUCGGAAGCAACUUGCAAGCCGGAGCGGAAGUGUUCGCCAAGUCCAAGCUGUGAGGCUGCUCUGCCCGUUCCGAGUCUAUGGAUAAUGACGAUACUCUUCGGUGUGGAGUAAUAAUAAUGUGGCUUGCUUGAGAAACUGCCAAAUGAAGCCUGCUCUCGAGCAGACCCCCAGGAAUUGUAUAUAUAUCCAUCCAUUCUUCUUUUGCGCAA